AGUCUUUGCCGCUUUCCUAAUUAAGCACUAAUUACGCUUACGUAACUGCUUAAGUAAGCGGAGUUCUAUUCCUUUACAGAAAAGAGGCUUACCCUUAAAAUCUUCUUCUUUCUUUUCGAUCCGGUAUUUAACCCAAAUCCGAUGUAUGGAUUUUGUUCUUUUCAAUCUAUUUGAUCUUUUUUGAGAAUAACAUCCAUACCGCUGAUUAAAGGAUUACUCCCUCCACUAUUUUUAAAUUCUGCCCCCCACUUAUUCUCACUUGUCAUUAAGUCUUACUGCUUCUUCCUCCACCCCCUGCUAAUCUAAGCUGCUGUAACUAAUUUUAUGUCUCUCUCAAAAAAAACGACAUCUACAAUUCUAUGACAUCCACAAUUUACUAUCAAAAGAUAAUAAUUACCACCCCACUUCAAACCAUUAUUUACAACCAUAAUUUUAAAUUUUAUCUCUGAUCAAUCCAUCAAUCCAUUAACUAAAUAGACAAGCUCAGAUAAUGAUCCCUGAUGAAUUCAUCCUUCAAUUGAUUCAACAAUCAUUAAAUGAUUUGGGUUAUUCUAAAAUAUCAGAUGAUUUAGGUAAUGAAAUCAAAUCAAAACGAUUAGCAAUAACCAAUUCAAAUUCAAAUACUGGUUUAUCAUCAUCAUCAUCAUCAUCCACCAAAUCAAUCCAUGUUGAAAGAGCUCAGAUCAAACUUAUCAAUUGGUUCAAUGAUGAAUUAAAAGCUGGGAAUUAUCUCACUAUCGAAUCUUAUCUAUUGGCUGUAUUGCAAAAUAUCGAUAAUACAAAUACAACUAAUACCUAUAGUAAUAAUCAAGAAGUUAAUUUCAUUGAUGUUUUAGUCACUACUCAAGAUCCUAAAACUACCGUGUCAAUCAUUCUUUAUUUGAUCAGAAGAGUUUCAUUCUUGGAAUCGUAUAUGUUACAAUCAUCAACUGAAUCUCCUCAAGUUUUCAUUCGAUAUUUAACUGAUCGUUUAAUGCCUUUAUUAGAUGAUUUAGCCCCUAAAUUAUCCGAUGCAACAUCUUCUCUUACAAAUCAUCAUCAUGAUGUGAUUAAACCUGAUGUCGAUAUUGAUCAUCAUGAUGGAGAUGACGUUACAGGUUCUGGUGAUGCUGACAUUGAUGAUGAAUUUAAUUAUUCAUCCGAUAAUGAAUAUAAUUUUAAUCCAUCAAUCUCAACUUCAAAUAGCGUGGCUGAUUUAACCAAUAUCUUUGGUAAACUGGUUUUAUCAAGUUUAACUAGAGAAAAAGAAUCAAAUUUAUUAUUAGGUUUUGCCUUAGAUUUUAAAAAUUUAUUAUCAUCAUCAUCUUCAUCAUCAUCAUCAUCAACUGAUUCAAGUUUAAUAUCAACUUUCUUAUCCAAAUAUUUAUUUAAUUUAUCAAACUUAUUCAAUCCAAAUAAUUAUACUCCAAUAAUUUCGAAUAAUACUACUGGUAGUGUUAAUUUAGAACAUAUAAUCUUAAUUAUUAGAGAGACAUUAAUUACUAAAAUUUUAGAUAAAAUCUUUAAAUUAAAUGAUAAAUUGAAAACAUUUAACCAUUUUUAUAAUGUUCCACCUAAUUAUUUAAAAAAAAUCAUUGAAAAUUCAAAUAAUUAUCAAAAACAUCAAAAUCCUUAUUUCUUACCUCCAAGAACAAAAUUCGAUCUUGAUAAUAAUAUCAAUCCCACUAACACUAAUUCUACAAAGAAUAUUGAUUUAGAUCCUUUUUUAUUAGGGACAGCUAAUCCUAAUUUAAAUUCAAAUUCAAAUCUGAAUUUAAAACAUUUGAAUCAUUUCUUUAAAUCAACUUACUUCCCUAAUAAACUCUUACAUAGUUUAAAUUAUCAUACUGAUGAAGUUUGGUUUACGAAAUUUAGUCCCCUGGGAAAUUUCUUAGUUUCAGGAUCAUUAGAUGGGAAAUUAAUUAUUUAUGAUGUAUUAAAUGAAUUUAAAGUUUUGAAAAUUUUAGAAUCUUCAACUUUAUUAGAUAAUCAAGCUUUAGUACCAUUUUCUUCAAAACCAACUAGUGAGAAAUCAAAAGCAGUUAUUUAUUGUUGUUGGGAUCCGCAAGAACGGUAUUUAGUAAGUUGUUGUUUAGAUACUGUGGUUAGAGUAUGGUAUGUUGAUGAAAUUCAUAAUUUAUCCGCCGCUGCUACUGCUUCCAAACGAAGAAAAAGAACAUCCUCAUCAACAACAACAAUAACUUCAAAGAAUGAACCUAUUUCAUCAGCUUCAAAUAUUACUACUGGGAAUGCAACUUCUACUGAAAGUGGUUUCAGAUUAGUUAGUUGUUUUACAUUGGGUCAAGAAAUUAAAACUUGGACUUGUGAAUUCUUACCUAAUUUAAAUAAUUCAAAUCGUCCUCAAUUUGUUAUUGGAUCUCCUGAUAAAGUAUUAAAAGGAUUUGAUGUGGAUGGUGUUGAAUUAUUUGAUUUUUAUGCAAAUAUUGAAGAAGAUGAUGAAGAUGAUGAAGUUGAUGUUCACAAUCAUUCGGGAUUAAAUACAGAUGGUGAUAACAAACCUAAAGUUUCUUCAUCUGCAAGUGAACCACGUCCAAGUAGUAUUGGUGCUUCCACUGCAACUGGUGCUGCCAAUGAUAAAGAAGGUGAUGUUCAAAUGAAAGAUGAAUAUGAUAAUGAUGAUGGAGAUAAAAGUAAAACAGCUUCAUCUAAUAUCAAAAAGAAACUUGAAAGUAGUUUUAAUAGAAUUAAUGAUAUCACCAUUACUCCAGAUGGGAAAUUCCUUAUCACAGCUGAUAGUGAUCAUCAAUUACAUUUCUAUAAGAUCCCUAAUGUUUUCAAUCAAGAAUCAUCAACCAAAAGAGUUGCCAGUAUAAUCUUAACAGGUCGUCUUACAUCUUGUUCAAUCUCCAAAAAUGGGAAAUACUUAUUAGUAUCAUCUGCCCCUGAAGAAUUACAAGUAUGGGAUAUUUCCGGAUUAUCAAUUGGAGAUUAUAAUCCUAUUCUUUAUCGAAAAUAUUUCGGUCAUUCUCAAAGUGGAUAUAUCAUUAGAUCAUCAUUUGGAUAUUUAGUCGAUAAUAGUAGUGAUUCGUUGGAUAAUAAUGAAGAACAAUUGAUCUUAACAGGAUCAGAUACAGGGUAUAUAUAUUUCUUCAAAUUACAUACAGGUCAAUUAAUAACCAGAGUUAAAGGUCAUAAUGGGUUAUGUAAUUGUGUUGAUUGGAAUAGAUUUGGUAAACAAUCUCAUGCUAAUUCUAUUGAUUAUGGUAAAUUAUGGAGUUCAGUAGGUGAUGAUAAAUUAGUUAAGAUUUGGGGUCCCUUUUAGUAAAAAUUAGUUUUAUAUGAAUGAUAUACAUCUAUUAUUAUAUUAACUACAAUUGAUCU